AUGAGCUCGUCAAAUGGGAACCACCAGCGGGCUCCCUCCUUCGAUCCAUACUCCCAUCCAGACGUUUAUUAUGGCGACGAAGACUCCCUUGCAAGGAUCAGAGAGCGGCGGCGCGCUUUUUCGACGAGCGUGAAGGACUACAACCGUGGAGAUAUUCAUGAGUUCCUGGAUACACUGCCCUCCAGACGAGGUAGUCACGAUGAGGCCUCCGGACACCCCCGCAAGUUCCUCAUCGAUGUGGACAAAACACUCGACGCUCUCCUGAAGCAAGAAGACACCGAUAAGAACAUGCAGAUCACGAUCGAAGAUCUUGGUCCCAAGGUACUCUCGGUCGGAACUGCAGGGUCGUCGGGAUACAACCGUGUAGAUGUACGCGGUACCUACAUGCUUUCCAACCUCCUGCAGGAGCUUACUAUUGCGAAAGACUACGGUCGCAAGCAAGUCAUCCUUGACGAGGCCCGCUUGAGCGAGAACCCCGUUGCCCGACUCUCGCGGCUCAUCAAGAACUCGUUUUGGAAGGCGCUCACCAGACGUAUCGAUGGCUCCAAUAUUGAGGUGGCUGGGAGAGAUCCCAAGGACUGGACUGAUGAUCCGCGGCCCCGAAUCUAUAUCCCUCCCGGGGCUCCGGAACAGUUUGAAUACUACUCGAAGUUCGCCGAGACUCACCCAGAACUGCGGCUAGACGUGCAAAUGCUUGACGCCAACAUCACCCCUGACUAUGUCAUGAAGCUCAAUGAGAAGCCAGGACUGCUAGCAUUGGCAAUGACGAAGACCCGCAACGAGGUCACUGGGGAGGAGGAUUUGACCGGUGUUCCCUUCGUCGUCCCGGGAGGUCGUUUCAACGAGCUGUACGGGUGGGAUAGCUACAUGGAGUCGCUGGGUCUUCUUGUGAGUGAUCGCGUUGAUCUUGCCAAGGGCAUGGUCAUCAACUUCUGCUUCGAAAUCAAGCACUACGCGAAGAUUCUCAACGCGAACCGAUCCUACUACCUGACCCGCUCGCAACCCCCGUUUCUCACCGACAUGGCUCUACGGGUAUACGAGCGGAUCAAGAACGAACCUGACUCGAAGGAGUUCCUGCGAAACGCAGUCCUGGCGGCCAUCAAAGAGUACCACAGUGUCUGGGUUGCGGAACCGCGAUAUGACCCCGUCACGGGUCUCUCGAGAUAUCGUCCCGAGGGCUGGGGUGUGCCGCCGGAGACGGAGGCGACUCACUUUACUCAUCUCCUCAUGCCGUACGCCGAAAAGCACGGUAUGUCGUUCAAGGACUUUGUCCUGGCGUAUAAUUCCCGCGCCGUGGUCGAACCCGAGUUGGACGAGUACUUCCUGCAUGAUCGGGCAGUCCGCGAGUCCGGCCACGAUACCAGCUAUCGCCUAGAGCGCGUCUGCGCCAACUUGGCCACCGUCGACCUCAACUCCCUCCUGUAUAAAUAUGAAGUCGACAUUGCACGUAUCAUCCGGAUUUAUUUCAAUGACAAGCUCGCAAUCCCGGUCGAAUUCCGGACACCCGCCACCAAGGACAUUGCGACCGAGUCCUCCUCCUCCUGGGACCGUCGCGCUCGCAAGCGCAAGCAACGCAUGGAUCAGCUACUCUGGGACGCUGAUAAGGGCAUGUUUCUCGACUACGAUACCGUCAAGCAAGAGCGUAUCCACUACGAAAGCGCCACCACUUUCUGGGCCCUCUGGGCCGGACUCGCGACGCCCGCACAGGCCGCCACCAUGGUUGAAAAGGCCCUGCCUCGGCUUGAAGUGUACGGCGGCCUGGUCUCUGGUACUGAGGAGUCCCGCGGCCCGGUGGGCUUGGAGCGGCCUAAUCGCCAGUGGGACUUCCCGUACGGCUGGGCGCCGCAGCAGAUGCUGGCGUGGACCGGCUUCCUGCGGUACGGGUACCAGGAGGAGGCAGAGCGGCUUGCGUACAAGUGGCUGUACAUGAUCACCAAGGCGUUUGUCGACUUCAAUGGUGUGGUCGUGGAGAAGUAUGAUGUGACUCGACCGAUUGAUCCGCACCGGGUUGAUGCCGAGUACGGCAAUCAGGGGACCGACUUCAAGGGCGCGCCUCGUGAAGGAUUCGGGUGGGUUAAUGCUAGCUACGUUUAUGGGCUGGAUAUUCUCAACGCGCACAUGAGGCGUUCGUUGGGUGCUAUCACUCCUUAUGAGACGUACAAGAAGGCUGUUGAUGCGUCCGAUGCGUAUUGA